AUGGCGACACCCAAAAAUACUCCUCGAGGUGCCAACAACCCACUGUCCCCAAACCGCAUCACCCGGCUCCAGGAGAAGGAGGACCUGAGCAACCUCAACGACCGCCUGGCCGUCUACAUCGACAAGGUGCGCUCUCUGGAGAUCGAGAAUGCCGGCCUGCGUCUGCGCAUCACUGAGUCGGAGACGGAGGUCAGCCGGGAGCUGACAGGCCUGAAGGCCGCCUACGAGACCGAGCUGGCUGAUGCCCGUCAGACUCUGGACUCUGUGGCCAAAGAGCGGGCACGCCUGCAGCUGGAGCUGGGCAAGCUGAGAGAAGACUACAAGGAGCUAAAAGCAAGGAACACCAAAAAGGAGUCAGAUCUGGCUGCAGCCCAGCUGAGGCUCAAAGACCUGGAGGCUCUACUGAACUCGAAGGACGCGUCCUUAACUACGGCUCUUGGAGAGAAGCGCAGCCUCGAGGUGGAAAACAGGGACCUGAAGGCGCAGGUUGCCAAGCUGGACACCAGUUUGGCCGAUGCCAAGAAGCAGCUGCAGGAUGAGAUGCUGAGGAGAGUGGAUGGAGAGAAUCGCAUCCAGACGCUGAAAGAGGAGCUGGAGUUUUCAAAGAGCCUCCACUCUGAGGAACUGCGGGAGUCAAAGCGGCGUCACGAGUCUCGUAUGGUUGAGUUGGACAAUGGAAACCAGCAAGAUUUUGAAAGCAGGUUGGCCGAGGCGCUUGCCGACAUGCGUAACCAGCACGAGCUGCAGCUCAAAAUGUACAAAGAGGAGAUUGAGAAGACCUACAACUCCAAGCUGGAAAACGCUCGUCAGUCAGCGGACAGGAGCAGCCACCUGGUCGGAGCAGCACACGAGGAGCUCCAGCAGACGAGGAUCCGCCUGGAGUCCAUGUCCGCUCAGCUCAGCCAGCUGCAGAAACAGCUGGCGGCCCGUGAGGCGAAGAUCAGGGACCUGGAGGACGCCCUGUCUCGGGAGCGGGACACCACCCGUCGCAUGCUGGGGGAGAAGGACAGAGAAAUGGCCGAGAUGAGGCAUAAAAUGCAGCAGCAGCUGGAUGAGUACCAGGAGCUCCUGGAUGUCAAGCUGGCUUUGGACAUGGAGAUCUGUGCUUACAGGAAGCUGCUGGAGGGAGAGGAGCAGAGGCUGCGUCUCUCCCCCAGCCCCCCGCCCACAAAGCUGACAGGAAGUCGUUCGUCUACUUCAGGAGCUCACUCCCGUUCGGUCCACUACGGCGCUCAAAGCUCUCCUGCCAAGAGGCGUCGCCCCAACGACACCGACAGCGAGGCUUCCAGCAUCGCAGGCGGAGCCGUGGCCCGCACCCGCAUCACCCAGCAGGCCUCAGCCAGCGGACGGGUCACUGUGGAUGAGGUGGACCUGGAAGGGAAAUAUGUCAGACUCAGCAACAAAGCAGAUGAGGAUCAGAGUUUGGGGAACUGGCAGCUGAAGCGGCAGGUUGGAUCUGGUGCUUCCAUCAUCUUCAAGUUCCCAUUAAAAUUCACCUUGAAGGCCGGACAUAGGGUUACGAUCUGGGCCUCUGGUGCUGGUGGAACCCACAAUCCUCCCUCUGACCUGGUGUGGAAGACCCAGUCCUCUUGGGGCACCGGAGACCAGUUCCAGACCACCCUGAUCAGUGCCAAUGGAGAGGAAAUGGCAAUGAGGAAGGUCACUCGCACACAGUUUGACGAAGAAGAUGAUGACAUGCAGGUGGCUCACAGCACCUGUGGAGACAGUGAGUACAACCUGCGGAGCCGGACGGUGGUCUGCGGCUCCUGCGGACUUCCUUCAGACAAAUCGAGCAACUGCUCCGUGACCUCGGCCUCUCGCUCCUACCGCAGCGGAGGAAUCUCUGAGGGUCUACUGCCGCACUCCUACGUGUUCAGUGCCAGCACUCCUCGCAAGACUGGAGCCAGAAUGGAGAACUGUCCGAUCAUGUGAGCCCCUGGAUCCACGAGGAAACACUUCAACCUGUAUUAGUUUUCAGUUAUUAGUUCUUUAGUUACCAGUUGUAGUUAUUUAGUUCACUUCAUGUACUUUGGAAUAAUCUGCAAGAUAUUAAAUGGAAUCAAACUUUAUAAUGCUUUUUUAUAAUGUACAUAGGCAUGCUUUUGACAUAUUUUCUUGAAUUUAAAUGUUGAUUAAAGGAGUCACUUUUUUUCUAUCUGUGAUGUUAAAACAUCAAAGCCGUAAACUAUGUCCUACCAGAUACAUUAACAACUCAUUUAACGGCUCAUUUAUUCUUAAAGCCUUGUUUACUAGUGUUGCUGGUAUAAAUUCAUACUUUCUCACUCCAUAAAGAUGCAGCAGGGUUGCAGUAAAUUCAUUUGUGUUCACUUAUUUUGAAAAUCACAUUUAUUUUGAAGAGAAUUUGCUUCUGGAGUUAAAGUAGAUUGACCCCAACCUUGCUACAGAUCUACAAAUUGUGUAUUUUUCUUAUAUCAAUAAACAUGUUUUCAGAAUUUGUCUUGCUCUACAAUAAUGAUGUGAUUGCCGUCCAAGUACUUUUAAUAUUUACACUGUCAUACUAUAGUACAGGAAUAACAUAAUGGACAACUUUAAUUCAUUAUUUGAUUUACUGACUCUUGCUAACUGUCAUUGAUUUUCAUGGAUGGUCUUUCUCUUAAAGAUGUGAGACAACCCAAAGGAAAGUUUUAUUUUUUUUUAGCUAUAUGUUUAAAACCAUCAACAUUUAAAAUAUCAAU